AUUCAGAGUCACAAAAAUAAUUAAAUAUCUAAAAUAUCCUUACAACCGCAAAACCGUCAUUGAAUUAAGCCAUAAACACAUCACCGUAUUAUAACCUGCACCAAUACUCUUGAAUAAACAAUUUGGAUUAAUCAUCUUUUUCAAACAAUCCAAAAAAUCGUUGAAGUAACCCCACUUCUUCACCUGUGUUGUGCAUCUGUGAUUCUUAGCAUUUGGUCUCAUGCACCUCUUAUGGUGGAAAGAAGCUCCUGCAAGCCUCUACACCUUCCAGCCCGCCAGUUUCAUAAAACUUUCCGGGAGAAAUUUUGCAGAACCCCAUGGUAAUAGUUGUCAUCUCUACCAACUUGAAGACUUCGCUCUAACUCGAUCCGCCACUACAAUGAGACCAUCCAUGAAUUCUACGAAUUCAUUAAGAUUUAAUUACUUCUAUUUAGUUUUGUCUAUGGCUUCCCCAAGAACUCAAAGCCAAGAGCUCGAGAGUUACUAUUGCCUUCCAAUUUCAGGAUUGAAGAUUUACAAUUUCUAUUAAGGGCUGUGCCUAC